AAGAUGGUGGGGAAAACACUUGUUGUUCUCAUUUGACUAACUGUCAAUUACAACAUAAAAUACACUGGUAAACUUUCGAUUGACAUAUUUCCGAAAAGUGUUAUUCUAACAUACAUGUUUAAAUAAUAAUGACGAUUUGAGUAAAACCGAAUUGUUUAUAUAUACUCAGUUGAUUCGGAUUUGCCAAUUUUUCAUCGUAGUACUAUCAACAAUAUUUGUGAGUGUAUUUCCAUAUUUGUGUAAUAAUAUUAAGUUGCAGCUUGGUACUAUUUCAUUCAUCGUUUUAUUGGCCUAUUGUCGUUAUAACAAAACUUUCUUAAAAUUUCAUGUUGUAAUGUAAAAAACAACAACACACAACAGAAGCAAGUAUUCUCAAAAAGCAAGUAUUUUAAUAUAAAUGGUAACUAUGGAUUGGAUAUAACAAAAAGAAAAACUAUUUAUAAGAAUAAAUCAUCGUAAAAAAUGGGUCGACAUUAAUAAAAUAUCAAAUGAGAUAAGUGCUAGGCAGUUUCUUUGUAUGCCAGUCAGUGAAAUUAAAAAAUAAAUAAAUAAACAAUCUGUGCAAAAAAAAUCCAGUGAAAAAGAAAGCUCGAACAAAACAGUGAUUGAAACGGUAAAUUUCCAUUAAAAAUUUUCCUUCGAAUUUGAAUUGAUUCUUUAUCGAAUUUUCAUGAAGAAAAAAACUCUCGUAAUUUGAACUUUGAUUUAGCGUUGUCAUCAACAAAACAUGUUGUAUGCUAAUUUGCUUUUUUUGUAACGAAUUGCCACUUUCAUUAUUCUGAUAAUGUAUCAAUGGACUUCAAGUGGACAGACAAAAUAUGAUUUGAUUCUCAAAUACGGAGUUUCCGUUUUUUUCCCACCAAUAUACAUAUCAAACGAGUUAUGGUUUUUCUAAACAGUACCUUUGAACUCAUAGCUGCUAUCUCAGAUUAUCGAUUCAUUAUAAAAAAGAGAAGAGUUAAUAUAGUGUGAUUAAUGACGUAAAUCCAACACAUUUCGCAUUAUUCGCGAACAUGCCAACAACCAAAAGAACAAUCAAUUCCGAUCUGGAAAAAGAACGCCGAAAGUGUACGUUUGAUGUUGAAGAGUUAGCACGGUAUUGGAUUGGUGAUCAAAGUAAAUUAGAAGAGAAACGAGCCCGUGAGGAUUUCUUUUUAAACGAUCCCGAAUUGCAAGAUGAAACACCACCAUCUUAUUUAUCUCACAAAGAACUGUACGAAUAUGCAAUCCGAAAAUCAACAAUAGUUUUUCGGAAAAUAAAACAACUGCAAGAAGAAGGAAAGGAUGGUGUAGAUAACUAUCUAGCACUGUUGGGUGGCUUGCUGGGUUCAGGGAUAAUCAAAGAUGGCAAUCCAUUCGCUGUGCACUUUGUGAUGUUCGUUCCAACGAUUUUGGGCCAAGGAACUCUGGAACAGCAAGGCGAGUGGCUGGGUCGUGCAUGGAACAUGGAAAUUGUCGGCACUUAUGCGCAAACAGAGCUUGGGCAUGGUACAUUUAUUAGAGGCCUAGAAACACGAGCAACGUAUGAUGAAAAAACGGAGGAGUUUGUUCUUCACAGUCCAUCUUUAACAGCUUACAAGUGGUGGCCAGGUGGAUUGGGCCAUAGUUCCAGUUAUGCCGUAGUUGUGGCACAACUAUAUUCAAAAGGACAGAAUCACGGUAUUCAUCCAUUUAUAGUGCAAUUGCGUGACGAAGAGACUUGGGAACCGAUGCCGGGAAUAAAGAUCGGUGAAAUUGGGCCAAAACUUGGCUUGAAGAGUGUGAACAAUGGUUAUCUAGGUUUCGAUAAUGUACGAAUUCCACGUAAAAAUAUGCUUAUGAAAAAUGCUCAGGUUAAGCGUGAUGGAACGUUUGUCAAAUCACCAUCAUCGGUGCUAACGUAUGGUACAAUGAUGUUCGUGCGGGUGGUUAUAUUACGUGAUGUAUCGAAUUAUCUGUCAAAAGCCGUAACAAUAGCAACCCGAUACUCAGCCGUACGACGACAGAGUCCAAUUGAUCCAAAUGAGGCCGAACCACAAGUUAUCGAUCAUGUUACACAGCAAUACAAAGUAUUUCCAAACAUUGCCAAAGUAUUUGUGAUAAAAUUAGCGGCGGAUUACAUUUGGGAUAUGUAUAAUCAAGUUACUUCAGAAUUGGACCGUGGAGACCUGGAACGUUUGCCCGAACUUCAUGCUUUGGCAUGUUGUUUAAAAUCCAUAUGUACAGCCGAUGGAGCAGCUGCGAUCGAGCAAUUGCGUUUGGCUUGCGGUGGCCAUGGCUAUAUGGAAUGUUCGAAUUUACCAUCAACGUAUGGAAUGGUAACCGCUGCAUGUACAUACGAGGGUGAAAAUACCGUUUUAUUGCUACAAACAGCCCGAUACUUGAUCAAAAACUGGGAUUGGGCAUUACAAGGAAAAUCGUUGGUUCCAACAUUAAGUUACCUUAGAAAAUUCGUUAAAACACGCAAUCAGCAAGAAUGGAAUUCAUCCAUCACUGGAAUAAUUGAAGCACUUCAAGCCGUAUCAGCAAACAAGCUUCGUUUGUCCUAUCAACAUCUCGAAGAGCGUAAAAAGAACGGUCUAACCAAUGAACAUGCAGCUAAUGCAACUUCCAUAGAAUUGGUGCAAUGUGCCGAAUCUCAUUGUCGUUCAUUUUUGGUGAGUUCAGCAUACGAAAUGACUAAAGAUAUUAACAAAAAGCUGUCACCAGAACUGUCAAUAGUUAUUCAUCAAUUGGUCGAAUUAUAUGCAAUUGAUACCUGCCUAAAAUCUCUUGCAGACCUACUUCGGUUUACAACUAUUUCGGAGUCGGAUAUACAAAACCUGAGCACCAAGUUGGAGGCUUGUUUGGUCCAAAUUCGACCGAACGCUGUUGGGAUCGUUGAUGGUUUCGAUAUACCCGAUGGUAUACUGUGCUCAGCACUUGGAGCAUACGAUGGAAAUGUGUAUGAGCGUUUGUUUGCCGAAGCACAAAAAUCCCCACUGAACAGGGCAACCGAUAACAAAGCAUUCCAUUUAUAUCUAAAACCUUUCCUUAAAUCAAAUCUAUAACUCCAUUUAAAAUAUUGCAAACAUUUUGAGAAUUAUUAUUUGUGGUCAAUUUUGACAUUUUUAAAUUUGCUCAUAUAUAUCAAACGAUCAAUUUUAUGUUCAAUUUUCGUUUGGAAAUCAAAUUUGUUAGAUGUAAUGUUUGGUGCUGUUUUUAAAAGGGAUUUUUUUUUAUCAUUUUUAUUCUACUAUUUUGGGGGGUGGCUGAAAUAUGAAUAUAGUAGGCCAAAUAAAGUUUUUAUACAAUGAA